CAGCUGGAUCUGUUCUUAAAGGGGAGGACAUCAUAUUACCCAACAUCCCUCCUUGGCCUCAAAGGAUGCAAGUUAUUUAUAAGAAAUACAAUUAAACUAUCAGGGACUCCCAGAUAUGAUUCAUUUUAACAAUCUGAAAGAGGCACAGUAAUGUGCACCAACGACUUUAUUUUGAGAACACCAAGUUCCAGUUAAGACAUGCCCUUUAAGUCAGUCAGCUCCUCUCUGCCAUAUAGCCGCUGUCGGCACAACACAACAGCGAGACCCUCAGCGUCCACAUCCUCCGUGUCCUUCUCUGACCGCCGCGUCUCCAGCGAGUGUCUCUCCCCUGCCAUGCCCCGGGUCACCUGUCUGCUGCCUGCCCUGCUGUUCGUCCUCCUGCCGGGCUCGAGCCGGGGGUAUUUCCCCGAGGAGCGCUGGAGCCCCGAGUCUCCGCUCCUCGCUCCCCGGGUUGUCGUGGCGCUCGUCUGCCGCAACUCGGCGCACUCUCUGCCGCUAUUCCUCGGAGCCAUCGAGCGCCUCAACUACCCGAAGGAACGCAUUGCGCUUUGGGUGGCGACAGAUCACAACAUAGACAACACCACGGCCAUCCUGAGAGACUGGCUUAUCAAAGUGGAGAAUGACUAUCACUUUGUGGAGUGGAGACCUGAAGAUGAACCCAGUGCCUUUGAAGACGAGACGGGGCCUAAGCACUGGAAUAAUCUCCGAUAUGAACACGUAAUGAAGCUGCGUCAGGCAGCGCUGGAGACCGCCCGUGAGAUCUGGGCCGACUACCUGCUGGUGGCCGACUGUGACAACCUGCUCACCAAUACGGACACGUUGUGGAAACUGAUGAGUGAGAACAAGACCAUUGUAGCACCAAUGCUGGAAUCCAGAGCGGCGUACUCUAACUUCUGGUGCGGCAUGACUUCACAGGGUUACUACAAACGCACACCAGCCUACAUUCCUAUCCGUAAGCAGGAGCGCCUUGGCUGCUUCGCCGUACCGAUGGUCCACUCCACUUAUCUAGUGGACCUACAGAAAGAAGCCUCUCGUCAGCUGGCUUUCUAUCCACCACACCCAUCGUACAGCUGGGCCCUGGAUGAUGUCAUCGUCUUUGCCUACUCAGCUCGCAUGGCAGAUGUGCAGAUGUACCUGUGCAACAAAGAGACUUAUGGGUAUUUCCCAGUGCCAAUGCGUUCCUCCGAUACCCUGCAGGAUGAGGUGGAGAGCUUCGUGCAUACUCUGCUUGAGAUCACGGUGAAAAAUCCUCCAUUGGAGCCCUCCAGCUUCCUGUCUCUCCCUCCCAAGCAGCCUAACAAGAUGGGCUUUGAUGAGGUGUUUAUGAUAAAUCUGGUGCGCAGAUCUGACCGUCGCGAGCGAAUGCUAAGGACUCUGUAUGAGCAGGAGCUCAGCUGUAAGGUUGUUGCUGCUGUGGAUGGCAAAGCUCUGAACAAGACGGAUAUAGAGUCAAUGAGGAUUAAAAUGCUGCCGGGUUACAAAGACCCUUAUCAUGGUCGGCCCCUCACUAAGGGUGAACUGGGUUGUUUCCUCUCUCAUUACAACAUCUGGAAGGAGAUAGCAGAUCGUAGUCUGCAGACCUCCCUGGUCAUCGAGGACGACCUCCGCUUUGAGGUGUUCUUCAAGCGACGUCUCCAGACGUUGCUGCAGGAGGUGACGACACACAAGCUGGACUGGGAUCUCAUUUACAUUGGGCGUAAGCGGAUGCAGGUGGACCACCAAGAGAAGUCUGUACCAAACAUCCACAAUCUAGUGGAGGCGGACUACUCCUACUGGACACUAGGCUACCUCCUGUCUUUACGAGGAGCCCAGAAGCUCCUCGGGGCCGAACCCCUGAACAAGUUGCUUCCUGUGGAUGAGUUCCUCCCUGUCAUGUUCGACAAACAUCCAGUUUCAGAGUACAUGGACCACUUUGAGAGUCGGGACCUGCGUGCGUUUUCUGCCGAGCCGCUUCUGGUGUAUCCAACCCAUUACACCGGAGACCAGGGCUACAUCAGUGACACGGAAACAUCGGUGGUCUGGGACAACGAGACCGUCGAAACCGACUGGGACCGAGCCAAGUCGAGGAAAACUCAGGAGCAGGGGGAGCUGAGCUUCGAGGCCCAGAACUCUGACGUACUGCAGUCUGAACUGGAGAACUGGAGCGCAAGGGACGAGCUGUGAUGAAGACGAGAGGAGGCGAGGAGGAGAGACCAACCGAGAUGAGGACGAGGGAGAUAGAACAACGCUGUGAUAAGAUGGAGAGAAUAUACCAGAACACAGGAGAAGAAGAGUAGAUGGGCACAGGGUUGGUGACUAAUGCUUUUCCUUCUCCAUUUCUCUAUCCAUCUUUCUUUCUCUUCAGAGAUGAGGUGAAGAUGCGGAGUCUUGACGAGUCCCCGAGCAGCUUUUGUUUUAUUUAUUGCAUUCAAAUGCUCAUCCCUUGACCAGAGCCUGGUCCAAUAGUAGUUACAUGUUUUAAAUAAUAUUUCGCCCAGAUAUAUCCCAAAUCACAUUAUGUAUAAAGUCCUAAAGAAAAGUAUGUAUACAAUUGGAAAAGGUUGCAGUAUUUAGUUUAGAUUAGUACUGUAACACGUCUCUAAAGGACAACUUCACAUCUCUUGAUUACAUGUGAAGGCUUUCUAUCGACUGUAAGGUUGUUACUUUAAUAACUUCCCAUAUGUUGCACUCAUGAAUGUAGCUGUGUUUUCCUUUUUACACUUUGAUAACAGAUAUAUAUUGGUUUAGUGUUUCAGUGUUUGAGUUCAAGAUGCAGUUUUAACCCAAACUUUCAGUUUUGUUUGUUGCAUUUUGUUUGUUGAUCAGAAAAACAAAUGAAUAUAGAUUUUCUUUGUAACUGUCCAUGUUUAGUUCUCUCAACAAGUGUCUUUUAUUUUUAACCAAAGAAUGAAUAAAAACUUUUAGAAUGA